GUGAUUCGCUUCAUCAUGGCUCCAGUAAUAGGAUUGUCGCAUAUCACAGAUCCGCUUGCGACGCCCGACCAAUUGCAGACAACAGCCUCUCAGCUCGACAGAAUUCCUGCUGAUCUGGAGAUCUCGAUAAGAUUCGAAGGCUCAAGGCUGAUUCAAGCCGCUGGCAUUCUGUUACAUCUUCCUCAAGAGCUUAUUGCAGAAGCCAUCAUCAUAUUUACCAGAUUCUGGCUAGGCCCUGAAGGCGGAAGCUUGGCUGAAUAUGCUGCCAAGGAUGUGAUUGCAGCCUCAUUAUAUCUGGUGACCAAGCCUUCGGCGCAUACAGUAAGCCCUAGACGGCUUUUGAGCGUGCUAGCAUAUCUGAACAAAGUUCGACCAUCACUCGAUCUCGACUCAGCAAGCCAAGUCACCCCUGAAGCGUGCUUUCUCUCAGAAGGCUCCUACCAAGACGGGCGACUGGCGCUGAUCCACACGGAAGCGCAAAUGCUUCGUAUUCUAGGCUAUCAGACUCAUGUAUCCCUCCCGUACGCGAUCUACAUCAAUUACCUGCAAGCGCUGGAUGUAUUUACAACGUCUGAGAACGGACAGGCUCUGGCGAAGAAGGCAUUUGCACAUCUCAACUCGGCUCUGUUCAGUCCACAAUACCUUUACCUGACACAUCAACCUCCAGCCCUUGCUACGGCAGCUAUCUACCUUGCCGCCAAGGAGAUAGGUGUCAAGCUGCCUGGUGAAGAGUGGUGGGAAGUUUUCGACGUCGACAGAGAAGAGCUGGGCUUUUUGGUGGUCGCCUUGAUCUCCAUGGAAGGGUUUAUCGCUGAGGAGGUACAGAAGUGGACCAGGAGCAAGAUCCCACUGACUCUCGAAGACACUCAAGCUUGGAUUGACAGGGAGUCACGGCGUUGA